UCACUCCCACAUGAGUGCAUACACAUACCUCCCAUUUCCCAAGUUCUCCCAACCCCCCUCACACACUCUCACACCCUCCCCAGCAGAGGUCCCUGCUGGCACUGAAUCAUGGAGGAGGUGGUGUCUGCUCAGGGAAGGAAGGGACUGAACAAGGACCCCUGGGUCUGACCUGAUCCUCCUUAUCCCUGACCCAUGGCAGGUCUGUGGGGAUCACAAGAACUGGGGAGGCACCAAGGAAUAUGCCUGGCAUGUGCUGACGGGGGAUUUUAUGCUCCAGCUGGGCCGGGAGGAGCCUGCCAGCAAAGACCUGGAGCUGGAGACUUGGGAAGGGCCUGGGGGAAGCAGCUGUGUGAGGUGCAGGUCAGGCUUGGUUAGAGAGAGGGCUCCAACUAUCCCACUGACCACAUUGGCCUGACUGCUAUCCUGGACUCACUCGAACUGGACUGCUGGACUCUGGAUGUUGGAUCCUCCUGGAAAGAAGGCGAGCAGGUGGGGAGGGGUAGCAGGGGAGAACAGAGGGGAGCAGAGACCAACAGGAAGGGAAUUGAGAUUGAGAGAGAGAGAGAUUAAGCGCCCCAGAGAGAAAGAGAGAACUAAGACAGAUGGAGACAGAGGGGAGUGGAGACUUAGAGUGUGUGAGAACAAGACUUAUGGGAGAAGAGGAAUGCAGAGAAAGAGGAGACAGGUGUAAAAAGAGAGAUAAGAUACAGAGACACAGAAAGAAGAGUACAGAGCAUGGCAGAGGCAGACACUGGAGGCAGAAAAUGGAGGCCAGUGGAGUUAAAGGCAGAGGAUGUGAAGCAGCCCUGAGGGUCCCCACCAUGACUACCUUGAUCCUUAUGAGGAUGCUGACCACAGGCCUGGCGCAGUCUCCUAUUCCUGCCUUGGUCCCCCGAGGCUUCUGGGCUCUGCCUGAAAACCUAACAGUAGUAGAAGGGGCCCCUGCUGAACUUCAGUGUGGGGUCAGCGCUCCAGGCAGUGUGGUGCAAUGGGCCAAAGAUGGGCUCCUCCUGGGCCCCAAUCCUAGGAUCCCCGGUUUCCCACGGUACCGCCUGGAAGGGGACGCUGCAAGAGGAGAAUUCCACCUGCAUAUUGAAGAGAGUGACCUCAGUGACGAUGCAGAGUAUGAGUGCCAGGUCAGCCGCACAGAGACAGGCCCUGAGCUCGUGUCUCCCAGAGUGAUCCUCUCCGUCCUAGUGCCACCCAAGGUACUUCAGCUGACUCCCGAGGCAGGAAGCACAGUCACCUGGGUAGCCGGGCAGGAGUACAAGGUCAGCUGUGUGUCUGGCGAUGCCAAGCCAGCACCUGACAUCACCUUCCUCCAGAGUGGACAGACCAUUUCUGGCAUCUCCAGUGAUGUGAAUGCAGGAUCCCAGGAGAAACUCUUCAUUACAGAGGCCACAGUCACGGUGACACCCCAGAGCUCGGAUAAUGGACAACUGCUGGUCUGUGAGGGGUCUAGCCCAGCUCUGGACGCCCCUCUCAAGGUCUCCAUCACCAUGAAUGUUCUGUAUCCUCCAGGACCCCCCGUCAUUGAGUGGCCAGGCCUGGAUGAAGGUCAUGUGCGGGCAGGACAGAACCUGGAGCUUCUGUGUACAGCUAGAGGGGGGAACCCUCCAGCCACGCUGCAGUGGCUGAAGAAUGGGGAGCCUGUGUCCACGGCGUGGGGCACCGAGCACACUCAGGUAGUGGCCCAGAGCCUGCUGGUGAUGACAGUGCGACCAGAGGACCACGGGGUCAGGCUCAGCUGUGAGGCCCACAACAGCGUGUCUGAGGGGACCCAGGAACGAGGAUUCACACUGCAGGUCUCCUUCCCCCCAGCUGCUAUCACCAUCCUGGGAUCUGUAUCCCAAUCUGAGAACAAGAAUGUGACACUCUCCUGCAUCACCAAGUCCAGUCGCCCACGAGUCCUGCUGCGGUGGUGGCUGGGCUGGCGGCAGCUGCAGCCCACAGAGGAGUCAGUCAUGGAUGGUCAGCAUGGCGGCCACAUCUCCAUGUCCAACCUGACUUUCUUGGUGCGCCGUGAGGAUAACGGUCUGACUCUGACGUGUGAGGCCUUCAGUGAAGCCUUCACCAAGGAGACUUUCAAGAAGUCACUCACCCUGAAUGUGAAAUACCCUUCCCAGAAGCUGUGGAUCGAGGGGCCCCCAGAGGGGCAGCACUUGCGGGCUGGGACGCGUGUGAGACUGGUGUGUCUGGCUAUUGGUGGCAACCCAGAGCCCUCCCUCACUUGGUAUAAGGACUCGCGCACAGUGAGUGAGCCCAGACCGCCCCAGGAGCCGCGGCGGGUGCAGCUGGGCAGCGUGGAGAAGUCCGGGAGCACCUUCACGCGGGAGCUGGUGCUGAUCACCCAGCCAUCCGACAAUCAGGCCAAGUUCAUGUGCAAGGCGGGCCAGCUCAGCGCUUCUACGCGGCUGGCGGUGCAGUUCCCCCCAACUAAUUUGACGAUCCUGGCCAACGCGUCCGCGCUGCGCCCCGGGGACGCCUUGAACUUGACCUGCGUCAGCGUCAGCAGCAACCCACCGGUCAACUUGUCCUGGGACAAGGAGGGGGAGAGGCUGGAGGAUAUGGCCGCCCCGCCCCGGAAGGCCCCGUUCAAAGGCUCCUCUGCAGCCAGGACGGUUCUUCUGAAAAUGUCAUCCCGGGACCACGGUCACCGCGUCACCUGCCGUGCCCACAGUCCGGAGCUGCGGGAAACCGUGAGCGCGUUCUAUCGCCUCAACGUGCUGUACGCUCCGGAGUUCUUGGGGGAGCAGGUGCCUGUGGUGACGGCGGUGGAGCAAGGGGCGGCGCUGCUGCCCGUAUUGGUGUCUGCCAACCCGCGACCUGAGGCCUUCAAUUGGACCUUCCGCGGCUACCGGCUGAGUCCAGCUGGUGGGCCUCGCCAUCGCAUCCUGUCUGGCGGAGCGCUGCAGCUGUGGAAUGUGACCCGCGCUGACGACGGCCUCUAUCAGCUGCACUGUCAGAACUCAGAGGGCACUGCUGAAGCGCUAGUGCGGCUGGAUGUGCACUAUGCUCCCAUCAUCCGAACUCUCCAGGACCCCACUGAGGUGAACGUUGGGGGUUCUGUGGAUAUAGUCUGCACCGUUGAUGCCAAUCCUGUCCUUCCAGAGAUGUUCAGCUGGGAGAGGCUGGGAGAAGAGGAGGAGGAACAAAGCCUAGAAGAUACGGAGCAGGUUUCAAAGGGAUCCACAGGGCGUCUUCAGAUUCAGAACGCCAAAUUGGCCCAGGCUGGUGCUUACCAGUGCAUCGUGGACAAUGGGGUGGCCCCUCCAGCCCGAGGGCUGGUCCGUCUUGUUGUCAGAUUUGCCCCCCAGGUUGAACACCCUACCCCCCUAACUAAGGUGGCAGCAGCUGGAGACAGCACUACUUCUGCUACCCUCCACUGCCGUGCCCGAGGUGUCCCCAACAUUGUCUUUACUUGGACCAAAAACGGUAAUCCUCUGGAUCUUCAGGACCCCAGGUACACAGAGCACACAUACCACCAGGGUGUGGUCCAUAGCAGCCUCCUGACUAUUGCCAAUGUAUCUGCAGCCCAGGAUUAUGCCCUCUUCACCUGCACAGCCACCAACCCCCUCGGCUCGGACCACACCAACAUUCAACUCCUCAGCAUCAGCCGCCCUGAUCCUCCAACGGGAUUAAAGGUUCUGAGCGUGACCCCCUACUCAGUGGGGCUGGAAUGGAAGCCUGGCUUUGAUGGGGGUUUGCCGCAGAGGUUCCAAAUCAGGUAUGAGACUCUGGGGACUCCAGGCUUCCUCUACAUGGAUGUCCUACCACUCCAGGCCACCUCCUUCACACUGACUGGGCUGCAGCCUUCUACACGCUACAGGAUCUGGCUGCUGGCUAGCAAUGCCCUGGGGGAAAGCGGACUAGAGCACAAGGGGUCCCAGAUCUCUUUCACCACUCCAGGUCUAGAUCAGCCUUCUGGAGAGCCCAACCUCCAGCUGCCUACAGACCAGCCCCCAGACUCUAUGAAGGUGUCCCUGCUGCCUGUGCUGUUUGCUGUUGGGGGUCUUCUGCUGCUUUCUAAUGUGUCCUGUGUUGGGGGCUACCUCUGGCAGCGCAGACUGCAGCGUCUUGCUGUGGGCAUCUCAGAGAAGACAGAGGCAGGAAGGUCGGAAGAGGACCGAGCCAGGAAUGAAUAUGAGGAGAGUCAGUGGACCGUAGACCAGGACACUCGAAGCUCCACAGUCAGCACAACAGAUGUAGAGCCCUAUUACCACUCCAUGAAGGGCUUCAGCCCCCAGCUGCUCCCCACACUGGAGGAGGUGUCUUACCCCCAGGGUUUCACAGGACCUGAAGAAGAAGCUAUGAUAGCCUUUCCCGGGCACCUGUAUGAUGAAGUGGAAAGACUGUAUACCCCGCUGGCCACUUGGGGACCUGUCUAUGAUGAAGUCCAGAUGGCUCCCUAUGAACCCCAGUGGCCCAAGGACAAGUAUGAAGAUCCAAGAAGAAUCUAUGAUGAGGUGGCAGGAGACUUGGAAUCUUUGGAACCAGAUUCUCUACCCUUUGAACUGAGGGGACAUCUGGUGUGAGAGCCUCUGCAAUAACCUUUUCCUAGACCUGCAGGACAUAUUAUCUCUCUGGUCCUCUUCAUGCCAGUCUAGGUUGAUCUUAUUAUGUGCACUUCAUAAGACACAAAGGGACUGAACUGUUUCAGGAGAGGUCAUGGACGGGUGUGUAA